ACACGGAGUCGAUUCUUUAGAUUCGACUCCCAUCCCUGUGGUUGUGGAGUCGGUUUGUUGCUGUCACCUUUUAGCAGGACUCCAGACAAGUGCACUUGAUAAAAAUGGCUCCUGCGAAGAACAGAGUGUUUGUUGUUGGCGUUGGGAUGACGAAGUUUGAUAAGCCCGGUGCGAGAGAUGGAGAUUAUCCGGAAAUGGCCAAAGAAGCAGGAGAGAAAGCACUGGCUGACGCAGGAGUACCGUAUUCCGCUAUUGAGCAGGCCUGCGUGGGUUACGUUUACGGUGACUCCACGUGCGGACAGCGCGCUAUAUACCACAGCCUGGGUCUCUCGGGUAUCCCUAUAAUCAACGUCAAUAACAACUGUUCCACGGGUUCCACGGCGCUCUUCAUGGCCCGACAACUCGUCCAGGGAGGUUUGGCUGAUUGUGUGCUUGCUCUUGGUUUCGAGAAGAUGGAAAGAGGCUCCUUGUCGUCUAAGUACAUGGAUAGAAUUAACCCUAUGGACAAACACAUGGAGGUGAUGAUCAACCGCUACGGCUUGGCUGCAGCUCCAGCCGCGCCUCAGAUGUUCGGCAACGCCGGGAGAGAACACAUGGAGAAGUACGGAACCAAGCCAGAACACUUCGCCAAAAUCGCCUGGAAGAAUCACAAGCACUCGACCAACAACCCAUAUUCUCAGUUCCAGGACGAGUACAGUCUGGAGCAGGUGAUUAAAUCACGCAAGGUUUUUGAGUUCCUCACACUUCUCCAGUGCUGCCCUACGUCCGAUGGAGCCGGAGCAGCCGUGCUGGCCAGCGAGGACUUUGUGAGGAAGCACGGCCUGGAAGCCAAAGCUGUGGAGAUCAUCGCUCAGGAGAUGGUCACUGAUCUUUCUACCACAUUCCAGGAGAACAGCUGCAUCAAGAUGGUCGGAUACGACAUGACGCGCCUCGCUGCCAAGAAGUGCUUCAAGUCGGCGGGCCUGAACCCAGCGGCCGUCGACGUCAUCGAGCUGCACGACUGUUUCUCGGCUAAUGAGCUCAUCACCUACGAAGCGCUCGGGCUUUGUCCUGAAGGUAAAGCCGGAGAGUUGAUAGACAGAGGAGACAACACGUACGGGGGCAAGUGGGUGGUCAACCCGAGUGGAGGGCUCAUAUCCAAGGGACACCCGCUCGGAGCUACAGGUCUGGCCCAGUGUGCAGAGCUGUGCUGGCAGUUAAGAGGCGAGGCGGGGAAAAGGCAAGUCCCGGGUGCGAAGGUCGCUCUGCAGCACAACAUCGGCCUCGGCGGCGCCGUAGUGGUCACACUGUACAGGAUGGGAUUCCCUCAGGAAGCAAGGUCUCAUAUCGCUGCAGUUCCCACUGGUGCGGUCAGCGGGCUGGAGGGCUUCAAGUCUCAUGCAGUGUUUAAAGAAAUCGAGAAGAGGCUGCAGGAGGAAGGAGAAACGUAUGUAAAAAAAAUCGGUGGCGUUUUUGCUUUUAAAGUGAAGGACGGACCGGACGGAAAAGAAGCUCUGUGGGUGGUGGACGUGAAGAACGGGAAAGGCUCGGUGACCAAUGACGCAGGAAAGAAAUCGGACUGUUUGAUCAUGAUGGCUGACGCCGACCUCAUCGACUUGAUGACUGGGAAACUGAAUCCACAAACUGCCUUUUUCCAAGGCAAGCUAAAGAUUACUGGGAAUAUGGGGAUGGCGAUGAAGCUGCAGAGCCUCCAGCUGACUCCGGGCAAAGCCAAACUGUGAAGAUUUCGGACUGAACCUCCGAGACGGAACCCGUGGCCGUGAUUUUAGGCGUGCAAAACGUGUAUAAAUAUUGACACUAAAAAUGAACAUCACUACCUCUUGCAAAUCUGAAAUAGAUCUUUAACAAUUUCAUCUUUAACAAUUAGUAUUCUACUUUAUAGUAUGUUUCACUCAAAAGUCUUGGGCGAAGGUCUCACAUUUCUUCACUGGUUUAUUACGUCCUGGACCUCCACUACAACACAUAAUGUGCCUCUAAUACGUGAAACAAUCAUGACGUUUAAUCUCAAGCUGAGCAAGUGGAACCUAAUAAAAAACCUUUUCCUAGUGCUGAACGAUGACCCGGGUGAAAUAUUAGCUGCCCAUUCCGCUAAUUGUAUAGGCAGAUCACGAAAUGCUAAUUUUAAAUAAAGAUUUCUCAAAACAAAGUUGUCCUUUUUCGCACCAAGGGAACAUUAAAAGGCCACAAAUCAAA